AUGUUCAUUCUCAGUCGGCACGCCGUCCGAGCGAGCUUCGUCAAGCUGCGGGCCGUUGCUGAAACAACGGCACCACCCGGACGGCUGCACUUCACUGGCGUAAGGAAACCUCUCUCGCACCGCAUCACUGGGUCCUCACAACAUAAACCACAGCAGGGAUGUGACGAGAUCGUAGGGACGCUCCGCCACGAGCUUACGUACACAGACUACAACACCCUGGAAGACGAGAACACGGUGGCACUCCGCCGGAACUGCAUCAGGAGCUUACGACUGCUUAAGCGUCUUUGUAUCAAGAGAGAAAAGAAAACUGCGCUCUUGCCUCAAGCAGCAACGGCAGUCGCGGUGACGCAAUCGAGAGCAACAAGAAGUGGGACUCGAAUUCACGUCGGAAGCAACCCACAUCGACAACAGCGCACCAGUGAGGGUAUCCGCACACCGCAGAGCGUACGAAAUACAAUGUUCAUGAACAAAUACAUCGCGGGCCUCGGCAGGUGUGUUGACGUCCACAUGCUGCUCCACGCCCACCGCAACGUAGCUCGCAGGCAAGACUACAACUGA